AUGACUGUCCCUCACAUUGACGUCUUGAACGUCGACACUAAUACGCUGCAAGCCUUAUUAGAAAAGGGAUCAAUCAAGAGCUCUCACCUCGUUGACCUUUAUCUGGAUCAAAUUCAGCGCCAUGACGACUAUCUUCACGGCAUGCUCACUAUGCCGUCUAGGGAGGCGCUUCAGAAAAUCGCGGUGGCUUUGGAUGAAGAGAGGGCGGCUGGUAGAGCCAGAAGCAAACUUCACGGCAUCCCAGACAAUAUUAAUACGUAUCCCGAUCUGGGCAUGAAAAGCACUUCUGGAAGUCUGGCGCUUGAAGAUGCUCGACCACGUGAAAAUGCGCGUUUGGUGGACAAGAUUAUUGCUGCUGGCAUGAUUAUUCUGGGGAAAGCGAAUUUGAGCGUAACGACUAGGGGGGAGCGUCUUCCCAGCGGUUGGUCUGCUCUGGGUGGCCAAUGUCAAUCGCCAUACGUUCGAGGUGGAGUGCUUGCAAACGAUUCAAAAGAUGGCCAUAGCAGUCCUUCAGGAUCUUCUUCUGGAUCGGCUGUUGUCGUGGCCGCUGGAUAUACUCCGCUCAGUGUGGGCACAGAGACUGAUGGAUCGCUGGUUUGCCCGGCCGGCCGUGCUUCUGUCUAUACCAUCAAGCCGACAAUUGGCCUUGUAUCUCAAAAAGGGCUGAUUCCAGUUUCGCAUACCAUGGACUCUGCCGGACCAAUGGCCAAGACCCCCUAUGACAUCGCCGCCUUCCUGGAUAUUUUCAGGGAAGAAGAUGCCCCUGGGUAUCCAGCUGGUGGAUAUAUGAGCGUGCUUCCUGGAUAUACGAGUGAAUUUUCUAUCGUUGCUGUGGACUAUACAAACUGGAUAUUUCCACCAGAGUAUAUGGCGCCCGAGAAGAGUGCUACAGCCGAAAUGAAUCGCAAAUUUCAAGAAGCAUACGAUACCUUGAAGCUCAAAACACGGAAAUUAUCUGAGAAUGUGCCUCUCAUCAAGCCAGAAGCGGCAUCCAUCGAUGGGAAAAGCUGCAAGCUGAUGACAAUGCUGGCGGAUUUUCGCAAUGAUUUUCAAGCGUAUCUCGAUGAUCUCGAGUUUGCACCAAUCAAAAGUCUACAGGAACUAAUUGAUUUCAACCGCAAACACGCUGAUAUUGAGCUCCCACCAGGCCACUCAAACCAGAAAAUUUUGGAGCAAGCCGCGGACUUGAACCUGACAGAGGCUCAGUAUCAAGAACAUCUCACAAAGAUUCGAAAAGUUUCUAGAGAUGAAGGCAUUGACUAUAUUCUUGACAAAUAUGACGCUGAUGUUAUCAUUGGGCCAGUAGAUAGCGGACUGUCUAGCCAUGCCAGUGGAAGUGGCUAUCCUAUUGCAGGGACGCCCCUUGGCUACCUGGAUAUUGACGGAAGAGCAUUCGGCAUGGUUGCUCUCGCAAGGAAGCAUCAAGAAGCGACUCUUAUCAGAUUUCUCUCUGCGUGGGAUGACACCUUUCAUCCUCGAAAGCCUCCACCGAUGUUGGCAAAUAAAUCAGCGGAAUUUAAUACAUACUAA